AUGUCUAAAAUUGGGUACAUGUUGGUGUAUAAAAAUCAGGAGGAGGCAACAGUAGCUUGGAACGAGGUUGGGUGUAUGUACGAUCUUGUUUUUGCUCUGAGAAUGGCGAACGAAGAAGACCGCAAAAUAUCUACGUACGAGACAUAUGUAUCGAGUCCCAACGAACGCACAGUACUUAUUGUGAGACCUAGACAAGAAACAUGGCAAGAACAAUUUGGAAUGACGGAACUAAAAUCACUUAACUUUUGGAAGUCCAUUUUGGCAGAAUUUGUCCUAACUUUACUUUUCAUUUUGGUAUCGUGUGGAUGUACCUUAACAUCAAAAACUAGUUUACACCAAGGGAUAUGUGUUGGUUAUCUUGUAUCAGUUUUAAUAGCUGUCAGUUUAGAGCAAAGUGGUUAUUUUAAUCCAGCUAUUUCUUUUGGUUUGCUAGUUGCUAGGACAAUAAAAAUAACGAGAUUUUUGUUUUAUGUGGCUGCUCAGAUUGCCGGAGGUCUUUCCGGCGCUGGUUUAUUGUACCUGUACACACCACGCGAAGUUCGUCAACAUAUUGGUGUUCUUUCAUUAAAUCCAUUGAUUUCUGAUGGAAUCGGUUUCGUGAUCGAGAUGACGCUGACUUUCUUACUGAUGUGGACAGUGCUAGCGACGAGAGAUCGGAAAAACGGAUACAUCGGCUUCCAAGCUCCACUUGCGAUUGGUUUUUCAGUUACCGUUGGAAUCAUGCUAGGAUUGCCGUUCACGGGCGCAGCAAUGAAUCCUGUGAGAGCAUUUGCACCAGGAAUUAUCAUGAAUCAACUAUCCAAUCACUGGGUUUACUGGGUUGGACCGUUGGUUGGAGCAUUGCUGGGGUCCCUGUCGUACGAAUUUGUUUUUAAACUAGAGAAUGACGACAGCAAAAGAGAUAUUCCAACUGUCCAAUUGAAUUUCAACUCUACCACUUCAAAUUUGUAAUCAUUAACUUCCUGCUGUGAAAUGCAAGUCUGAAAUUCAAAAUCGAAUACCGUCAAUGACCUAUUCUCUGAGUAUAAAAGAAGUAGCGAUUGCUUUUUUUCUAUUGUUUUUAUUUCCAG